AUGGUGCUUGAAUACUCAGAGUACAUCUUUUCCCUUGUUCUUAUCACGUUUCUGACCAUCGUACCAUCUGCAGUUUCAGUUUACAUUGCAUCCGAUGCGAUAACGGAAGAUGAAGUUGCAUCUCAUAACCCUCGGUUCUCCGCCACCAAAUCCAGGCACAACCCUGACUCGAUAUCAGUUGACGACAAAACCCGCCUUGGGUCCAAUAGGAACGAACAGUUCUCUUUGCCUCGUGCCGCGACACCUGACAACCCCGCCACCCAUUUUCUUUGCAUUCCAGACUUCGACAACACUACUGUUUAUGAAUCCGACUGGCUAACUGCUGCGCCGUCAACCGCCCGCCGUUUGACGGCGUUUACUCGCCAGUGGAAGAAGGUGGAAGAAUACAUUAAGCUGAGUCGCUUGGGGAAGUGGGGAACUGACGAUCGCCGUGGUCCACGCCUCGACAUAACAACGAGGAUAAGCGAGGACAGUUCAUGUUUUCUCGGCCGACAGGCGCUUGGCGAAUCGCGCCUCCAAGUCGACUAUGUAAUAGAUCCCGUACUUCAAGGAAAGAACUGA